AUGACCUCAAGCGUCGAGAAGACAAUGCUCCGCUCGCUUGCUUCGUCUGCCACUGCUGCUAUGGCCCCGCUUGCCCGUGCCGCCUCCAGGGCACCGGCGGCACAGCCGUGGUCGUGGGACCCCAAGGACACGGUCGGUGGCCCGUCGACCUGGCACGCCACCUACUGCCCCGGCCACGCCCAGUCGCCCAUCGACAUUGUCAAGGGUGAUGCCGUGGCGGUUGCCGGUCCGGCCCUGCGCCUUGUUCCGCCGACGAGCGGCUCGGUCUCCGGCUCUGUGGCCAACACCGGCAACCAGAUUGUCCUCACCCCCGACGCCGAUGCCAAGACCUCCAUCGUCGACGGCCUCUUCCGCGGCUCGCCCGAUGACGCUACCUUCUCGCUCGCCAACAUCCACUUCCACACCCCGGCCGAGCACGCUGUCGAUGGCGUCCUCGCCGACCUCGAGGUCCACGUCGUCCACCAGGCCGAUAACCCGGACGUCGAUCGCUUUGCUGUUGUCGGUCUGCUGUUCAACGCCGAUGACUCGGCGCCCGAGUCCCCGCUUCUCUCCGCCAUUCUCUCGGCGUCAGAAGAGUACGCCGAGCCGCUCUCUGAGCCGACUCCGCUCGCCGUCGACGCCGCCGCCAUCACUGAGCUUGUCGGCGACUCGCCUUACUACGCCUACCCGGGAUCGCUCACCACCCCUCCACUCACCGAGGCCGUCUCCUGGCUCGUCAUUGCCAACAUCCACAAGGCCCCGGCGUGGCAGAUUGAGCAGCUGACCCAGAUCUUCCCGUACCCGACCAACCGCCCGGUCCAGCCCGUCAACGACCGCGUCGUUAACAUCGUCACUCCGUAA